AUGUGCCCGAAGGAUUGGCUAGCUGAGCCCCUCACCGGAGCAUCGGCGCUAAGCGGCUCUUGGCGUUAUCAAGAACGGCCCGAGGGGCAACAUGCUCUGACAGUCUCUGAUGGGAGGCCCCAAUUUCCAGAAUGGCCAAGGCCUGCUUCGUUGGCCCUCUUCCGUCCCGACCCUCGUCGUCCGCAGACCGGCUUCGUAGCCCUGGGGGAUUCUUACAGCGCCGGAAUCGGCACUGGCGUUGACGGAUCGGAGGAUGAUUGUCGACACGGCUUACACGGCUACCCGGCACUUAUCGCGCGUGAUUUCGAGGCAAGCCAGGGCGGCGGCCGCGGUCGAAACGACAGCGUCGUUGCCUUUCAGUUUCUGUCCUGCACGGGGUCCACAACCGAGGAGAUCCUGUCCGGCGGCGCAGAGAGCCAGCUCGAUAACUUUAAUACCUCGCUGCCUGCUGAUUUCGCUCUGUUGUCCGUGGGCGGCAAUGACCUAGGCUUCUUCGAAGUCAUGAAUGCCUGUAUCUUUCGCUUUUAUAAUUUCUACUCAGGUACCUGUGAGACGGCCCUACAGCAUGCUCAGGAGCGGCUAGAGGGGGAUGAAUUUGAGCAGAGGCUGCAGAUAGUGAUCCUUGAGCUUUUGGACAAGGUGCGCUGGGAGAAGAAGCCGUGGUUCUUGAUCACUGUCACAGGAUAUGCUCGUUUCUUCAAUGACCAAACUGCUGAGUGCGACGAGAUGAGUCUAGGAGUCUGGUGGCAGGGACCAAAGCUGAAGAGAGAGCUCCGGGUACGAAUGAACGCCAUGGUGCAAGCUGUCAAUCAAAAGAUCGAGAGUACAGUGGCCCUGAUCAACUCACGAUUUACGAGCGCCAAGGUGCUGUUCGUGGACUACGACAAGCAGUUCGACAGCCAUAGGUUCUGCGAGCCAGGCGUGCAAGAGCCCGACUAUAGCAGAAACGACACAUGGUUCUUUCUCGUCGGUGGACCAGAUAACGCGAGGAACAAUGUGCAGGGGAGCCAGUUUGCGCAAGCCGCUACCGUUCCUGCCAAAUCUGACUUCCUAGAUCCAGACACUUGUCUAGAGCCGGCGGCGCGAUCUGGUGACUGGGGUGUGCUGGCGCUGUGUUAUAUGGCAAUGUCGAAGGCACAAGACCCUACAUUGAAGCCGGCUCGCGAUGAAUUUAUGGCACAGAACUCGAUGUGGUAUGUGCCAACCUACUAUGGAAAGACGUUCCAUCCCCGGACCCGCGGCCAUGAGGCUAUACGAGACAUGAUUUAUGAGACGUGGGCUAACGGAUUCAGUGAGGCGAGGUAA